AUGUGGAAAACAUUCUAUCUGCUCUUGUUGAUGCUUUUCACGUUCGAUUUCCCUCGCGAUAGCCUAGCAGGAGCCGAACCCGUUCGAGCGAACGCCGAGCUCGUUCCUCGAGACGAUGAUCAGAACCAUCGGAAGGAGACUCGAGGUCGGUUGGAAAUCAUAGACGAGCACGCGGCUGAACUGGUCGGCAAAUGGAGAAACAACGGCGAGGCUCUCGAACCGAAGUGGCGAGAUGGCGACACUGUACCAUUGCUGCCAUUUUCCCAAUUCUCCCGAUUCUCGAGGGACAAGAUAGACAACAGCGAGGAGGAUGACUACGAUCAUCGUAGAGCAAAGUAUCGUCAAAACAACAGACAAGAAGAUUCUCAUCGUUCAAGGAAUAACCCUCCAUUAUCUUACAGCAAUUAUGAAGGCUACCAAUCAACAGAAGGCAGGCGAGGGUAUCGUGAACGGGAAGAAGUCUUUUCACGAAAAAGAAAUCGACCCUGGACUGGCGAAAAUACGGCUACUAUGAAGGAAGCGAGCAAUAGAAAGGAAGAGCAAAAUAAAGAUUUUAAAGAGGAUAAAGAAACAACGUCAACUAGGUAUCGAGAGCUUUUUCCAGUACGACCGAAUGAUUACGAGCAUGAGUUCAAUGACGAAGAGUACUUAAAACCUCGACCAAGAAAAAGAAGGCCACCACAAAAUUAUGAAUUUGCUUUAGCCGAAAACGAGACAUCGUUGAAUGAGGAGAGAACAUAUAGUAAUUCUGGACCUUGGUCUCGAGCAAAUACUCAAGGAAGUCCUCAGCAGAUGGCCUCUAAAAACGCUCCAUUUUUACAAAAUGCUAUGGAAUUGAAAUCUCUAUUGAAAAUGCAACAGGAGGAAGGUUUAAGCUUAUCCGAGAUUCUACAACAGAGAAAUUUGACUCUAAAUGAUUUGUUAAAGGGCAAAGCCGAUGUGAUCAACGCUUUGAAGAGGCAAGAUGUCGAAGAGACUGAAGAUUACGUUGAAGAAGCAGCAAAGAUGAUAUCCAACUCGUUUGUGAAACUAUCCACUACGAGGAAACCACAAUGGACAUUCGCCACGGAAUCUGUAAAAGCGAAGAAUUCUCGGAAAGAUGAAGAAUUUGUAUUUUCGAUUGUUCCCAAGAAUCUUGCUUUAUACAAGAACCACACAGGCACAAGAGGAUCAUUUUCAAGUAGAGUGAAUGACAGUAAAAUAUAUUCAGGAGCUGAAAAUGCAACAAUUGCAAAAUCAAGUCUCACCGGCCUUGAUCCUCCGCAAAGCAAAGUUACGAUUACGACACGGAUGCCGUUGCCGGUUGCAACGAAUUCCAUGGAACUCGUGCAAGCUGAUGAUGCCGUCGUGAAAUCGCAAAGCAGUGAUGAAACCAGAACCGAGAGUUUAGACGAGGAUGAAAUCAUGGAAUUCUCUGAUUUCACCGAUUACAAGAAGGGACGAAGCGGUGUGUCUCCUGUUUGGCUUAUAAUGAAGGAUGGAGAAGUCAGUAACCCUUCCAUUGACAGUUCCAAGAGCCACUUUGAGGACAAAGGAUCAACAUUGAGCAUCGAGAAGAUAUUAAGUCCUACAGAACGCUCAAAGUCAACGAGCAACUUGUCUGUUAGCUUUAAAGAUAAAGAACACUUUCUUAUUGAUUCAAUUAACGUUAACAGUAGUGGGAUAUUUGAAGAUGAGGACCAAUAUUCUGAGAAAGAUUAUAGUAAUUCUUCUGAGAAAGAAUAUCAGGGUGAUACACCGAUAAUGUACUAUGACCUAGAACAGAGCACACAGGUUAGUAAUGAGAGUGAGGAAGAUGAUAGGAACAAGGAAAUAAUAAAGGAUAUAGCAUCUACACUGGAUACAGUGUCUCAUAUUUCCACAACAAACAAUCAUCAAACACUUGCAAUGAAUCUGUCUGUGAAAAAGAAUAAUAAUAAUACUUCAAAAAGUGAUAAUAUAAACACAACUGAGAAAAAGAGCUACGAUGACAUUAUAUCAGAAGUAGAACCAGAAGCUCGAGCUGAAAUCUUUGAAUUAUUUGCUUCUGGAUCAGCNGGAAAGAGAUUAGAGCGUCUUCUUAAAUCACGAAACAUGAGCUUAGAGGAACUGAUUGCAUUAAGACAAAGAGGCUCUAGUAAGGUUCAUCUAGCUGAAGCAUCGCGAAUUAGAGCACAAAAAUCAAAUGAUGGCUACCAAAUAAAAGAUACAAAUAAUUUUGAAAUAAUUAAUUCAUUGCCAUCUAAAGAGAAUCUACCUACUGAAAGAAGAACAAUUGCGAAUCAUGAGAACUACAAUAAAGGAAUUGGUAAUUACUUAUCACAAUCACCUGAAAAUUUUAAAAACAGUGACUCACUGACAAAUUUCGUUCAUCCUCAAGAAAGCAUAAAUAAACAAUUGGUGCCUAAUUUAGAAUUAAAGAUCAACAAUGAAGGUUCAGAGCUUGAUACUUCUACAAAGAUGGACAGUGUGAUGGCAGACACAAAGGAAAAGCAUCGUACAGUGCAGAUUGUUGAUCUGUUGACAACUUUCGGUUCUUUGCCAUUCAUAAAGGACAUCCAACAGGACUUUGUGGAUCAAUACAAUACCGAAGAUAAGGAGAAGUUGCUCGUACAGAACAGCAAUCUCGGCAUGGUAUUCAUAAACAACGCUGCAGAAACAAUAGACAUCAACGAUACAUCAAAUGUUGUACAAUCUGGUUUUGUUAAGGAGAUUGUAAAGCAAGAGCCAAGUUCUAUUGAUAUUCAGACCAUUUACAGUAAAACUAGCAACAUUCUUGAUGAAGAUGAGAACAAAAGUGAAAAAGGAAAAACUCUGUCAAAAGUGAAACCAAGCAUAAUAGCAAGUGGCGCUAUUCUUGGUGUAACUCUUGUAGUUUUCCUAGCGAUAUUCAUUGUGUGUAGAAUUCGACAAAAACAAAAAUAUCGAUAUAGAAAUACCUUUUCCAGAGCAGUGUUUCAAGGUCCAGUAAUGGCGGUCAGGAAGUUAUCAAAUUCAAGUAGCCUAAGCACUGUAAUGGUCAAUGUAGUCGCCACGUCAACAACAAAAAGGCCUGAGAAAAACGAAACCCAGGAAUCCAUAGGUGAAAUGGAUUCCAAAAGUGACAUUGAUAAUGACUCAUUAGAUGCAAAUGAUAGCUGGGAGACCAUACCUGAUUAUAUGAAAUAAACCAACUUGAACGCAUUUACAACAUUGAUUAAAAAAGAAAUGCAGUAUUUUCACCCUUAUGUUAAGUUC